AUGAUUAGGAGGCCAGAGCAAUUACGGCAGUCUCGCGUGACCUCCAGUCCCCCAAAAAGCCGACAAGCCGCUGUACCCCCGAGGGUCGACGAUGAAAAAGACAAGGAAGUGAGACGUUCCCAGCGAUCAUGGCCUGUAGUUAUAAUACAGCUUUAUCUUGGCGACAUCCAGGCCCAUCCUCACUCCAUCUUGGCAACAUCCAGGCCCAUCCUCACUCCAUCUUGGCAACAUCCAGGCCCAUCCUCACUCCAUCUUGGCAACAUCCAGGCCCAUCCUCACUCCAUCUUGGCAACAUCCAGGCCCAUCCUCACUCCAUCUUGGCGACAUCCAGGCCCAUCCUCACUCCAUCUUGGCGACAUCCAGGUCCAUCCUCACUCCAUCUUGGCAACAUCCAGGCCCAUCCUCACUCCAUCUUGGCGACAUCCAGGCCCAUCCUCACUCCAUCUUGGCGACAUCCAGGCCCAUCCUCACUCCAUCUUGGCAACAUCCAGGCCCAUCCUCACUCCAUCUUGGCAACAUCCAGGCCCAUCCUCACUCCAUCUUGGCAACAUCCAGGCCCAUCCUCACUCCAUCUUGGCAACAUCCAGGCCCAUCCUCACUCCAUCUUGGCAACAUCCAGGCCCAUCCUCACUCCAUCUUGGCAACAUCCAGGCCCAUCCUCACUCCAUCUUGGCAACAUCCAGGCCCAUCCUCACUCCAUCUUGGCAACGUCCUGGACGCUCUCACAGACAUCCAGUCCUAUACCAGAGUGAUCAUCUCAAAUCUGACAAUUGGUCCGAGACGCAGUCACCCCCACACUCCCACAGCGCCCUGCUGGCCCAGUCACACACGGGUAGGAGAACAAGAGAGGUGAGCAACAGGCCAGAGAAGAAGAGAGUGAGCAACAGGCCAGAGAAGAAGAGAGUGAGCAACAGGCCAGAGAAGACAGGUGAGCAACGGGCCAAAGAAGAGAGUGAACCACUAGACCGCCAGCCUCCCCUCAGUGAACCACUAGACCACCAGACUCCCCUCAGUGAACCACUAGACCGCCAGCCUCCCCUCAGUGAACCACUAGACCACCAGACUCCCCUCAGUGAACCACUAGACCGCCAGCCUCCCCUCAGUGAACCAUUAGACCAUCAGCCUCCCCUCAGUGAACCACUAGACCACCAGCCUCCCCUCAGUGAACCACUUGACCAUCAGCCUCCCCUCAGUGAACUACUUGACCACCAGCCUCCCCUCAGUGAACCACUAGACCACCAGCCUCCCCUCAGUGAACCACUAGACCACCAGCCUCCCCUCAGUGAACCACUUGACCACCAGCCUCCCCUCAGUGAACCACUUGACCACCAGCCUCCCCUCAGUGAACCACUAGACCACCAGCCUCCCCUCAGUGAACCACUAGACCACCAGCCUCCCCUCAGUGAACCACUUGACCACCAGCCUCCCCUCAGUGAACCACUAGACCACCAGCCUCCCCUCAGUGAACCACUUGACCACCAGCCUCCCCUCAGUGAACCACUAGACCACCAGCCUCCCCUCAGUGAACCACUUGACCACCAGCCUCCCCUCAGUGAACCACUUGACCACCAGCCUCCCCUCAGUGAACCACUUGACCACCAGCCUCCCCUCAGUGAACCACUUGACCACCAGCCUCCCCUCAGUGAACCACUUGACCACCAGCCUCCCCUCAGUGAACCACUAGACCACCAGCCUCCCCUCAGUGAACCACUUGACCACCAGUUCACCUACACGCCUUCCCAGCUUCCCCUCAACGGACAUACACAAAGGAAAUAG